CUGCUGGUGAUUAGCUGCCUUAGUGUUAUUUCUCAAGAGGUAUUUACCGCCUGGGUACUUACCUAGCUAGGUAAGCAGCUAGGUAAGCUUGGUGCACAUCAAAGCUGCAACUUUUGUGUGAAAUCUGUUGGUUUGCUUGAGGCAUGCAUGCAGUCUCUUGAUGAGUCACUGAAGAUUUCCUUCGUCGUACUUUCCUCGCUAUUUACUGACAACAAUUCUACCCGUAAAACAAUUGCAAGGCCACUCGCGAUACUUUUAUAAAAGUAAAGUUGAAGGUCUUUGAAUUUUCCUGUUUUACCUAGAUAUAGGGAUCGACCUUCACGUUGGCUACGCGAGCUGUGAACGUUGGACUCAAAUCUGUUCGAGCUGUUUUCAACUCUUACAGUACCAUGUCACGGGAUUUACCGCGACAAGCACCAAAACUGAGAACCCAAAUUUUGAAGGUAGUCAGUAGUGAUCUCGGAGAGUUUAAGGAAAAUGUUGGUCGAGAAAAAAUGAGGGAAUGGGAGGUUUCCCAAAUGCCAAGCGCCAAGCCCUUGCGAGAGGCUGCAGACUAUCUGAAGGCCAGAGAUAUACCAGUUGCAUUUCCAACCGAGACGGUAUACGGUCUAGGCGCUGAUGCAACAAGGUCUGCUGCCGUCAAGGGCAUUUAUUCGGCGAAAGGCAGGCCGUCGGACAACCCUCUUAUUAUUCAUGUCGCUGACUUGGACAUGCUCCGGCACUUUCUACAACCUGCAACUGAGCAAAAUGGAACACCAAACGGGAUCCAUGAUCAGAUACCCGAGAUUUACAAGCCGCUGAUCGAGCGCUUCUGGCCGGGUCCGUUGACAAUAUUAAUGCCCAACCCAACUCCAUCGAAGUUAGCUCCUGAAGUUACAGCCGGGCAGAAGACCUUUGGUGUAAGGAUGCCGGCCUCACCACUUGCACGCUCCCUGAUUAAGCUGGUCGGUGCUCCAUUGGCUGCACCCUCUGCUAAUGCCUCUACAAAGCCUUCACCAACUACUGCAGCCCAUGUGCUGGAGGAUCUGGAUGGCCGUAUCGAGCUAAUCCUCGACGGCGGCCCGUGUCAAGUUGGUGUCGAGAGUACAGUCGUGGACGGUAUCUGUGAUCCACCUGUUGUCCUAAGACCAGGUGGUGUGAGCAUAGAGGAACUACGGGAAUGCCCGGGUUGGGAGAGCGUCGAGAAAGCAUACAAAGACCAUAGUGAAGCUGGUAAAGCUGCACCGAGGGCACCGGGUAUGAAAUACAAACACUAUAGCCCGAAAGCGCGGGUAGUUCUUUACGAAGCUACCUAUCCGAGAUUGCAUGAAGGUAUUGAUCAGCAAACUCUUGAGUUGAAGAACAGCGGUAACGUGGUUGGCGUCAUUCGAACUCGUUGUUGGCAAAUAGGCGGAGGACUUUUUUGCAGAAAUUUUAAGGAGCAUGAACGGCUGGUUGAAUCAUCCGAGCCUAAGAAUCAAGUAGAUAUAGAUCUCGAAGUCGGAGACGCAGAUCUGUACAAAACACGAGACGGACCCACGGUUGGGAAAGUUCUAGACAUCAGCAUCGGCAAGGAUACUAGGAGUAUAGCACAGGGACUCUUCGCGGCAUUACGGGAACUAGAUAGACGGGGUGCAGAUGUCAUAUUUGUAGAGGGCACACCAGACGGUGAGGAUAUCGGCGCAGCGGUCAUGAACAGACUACGCAAAGCAGCAUCCCAGAUUAAGAUGUAAAGAAUCAAAUCGUGUGGACCAGUUAACAGCAUAUUCCUUUUGGAUGUGACAGCUUUCGCCAACGCCUUGAUGCCGAGCCUUUGACUCUAAAUUAUGUCGUAAUUCUCCCCUGGACCAAAACAACUCUGAUUCUUUGCCAUAUUACAGCCCUUGGCGCAGCCAGUCGGUUAACUUGGCGCGUCCCAGCUGUGCCAGGUUGUUCACUCCUUGCUCACUGAGAUCGAUGCGACUCAGAUUUACGUCUUGAGUGGGCGCUUUGCUGACUCGCUGUACAAUAAUCGUUGGGUCUGUUUCCAGAAUAAUUCCAUCGUCAACGAUCUCGUCAAUAGCCAGUGAUACUAGAUCGUAGUUUUCCACGACUGUCCGCUUAUCUACAGAUUGCCUGUUUUAUC